CCCUUGGCAAGAGAGCUCUAACUUCUAAGGCCCACUUACCCCCACAAACCCUCUAGUCUUGACCUCUUCCUUAUCUUCUAAACAUGGCCAAAACACCACCAAAUCUAGUGGAAGAUUCAAUCAAACCGUACAUUUCUUCCAAAAAUUAUCCUCAAAAAGCCAAGGGUUUGUCUUUCUAUGCCUCUCUUUUCUCCAUUUUUAUUUACAUUUCUGUCUUAUAUAUCUUCAACUUGUCUCCUUCCGCUCUCUUCUAUAACACCAAGUUUUGGUUUUUCCUUUCCAACACUCUCAUACUCAUCAUUGCCGUUGACUAUGGAGCCUAUUCCUCAUCCAAUGAGAAACAAGACCUUUACCAAGAGUACGUGAAGCGUACCCAAGUGAAAAAUGUUCCAUCCUUCGUUCCACAAUACCAAAAAAUUGUUAAGCAAAGCACUCCUAAGCAAAAGGUCGAUAGUUUUCAAGAAAAGAGAGAAGUAAUAGUUCAAGAAGUACAAGUUUUCCCUGAAAGAAACUUGCAAGUUGUUAUCAAAAGUGAUUCCGAAAAGCCUAGUGAAGAUUUACGAGAAAAGAUUAAAGCAAAAACUUAUCGUCGAAGUAAGUCGGAGCAAGCCAAAAGGGUGGUGAUAGACGAGAGCAAGAACAUUAUUACAAGGAGUUCAGAGACUGAAAAGAAUGAAGAAAAUGAGUUUUCAACUAUGUCGGAUGAGGAACUGAACAGAAGAGUAGAGGAGUUUAUUCAGAGGUUUAACAGAGAAAUUCGACUUCAAUCCACUAGCUAGAAACUUCAGCCAAAGUUUCCAAAAAAUAAAACUUUCAAAUAUGAAUGUAGAUAUUAAUUAUGGUAGGAAAACACAGCUUGCUGCGUUUUUGUAAUGUUGUUGUUUGUGUCUUUUUCGUUUCUCUUUACUUGUCUUUCACUUUUUUUUUUGGAAUGGUUAGCGUAAGCAUCGAUUCGGACUUUUGCAUGUAGAAAUAUCUCGCUCUAUAUAAAAAUUUUCUGCCUUUUUUUGUUGUUG